CCUCAAAGCUGUACGCAAAAAUGAAGAAAUUGCUGCUUUCUUUAACGGUACGUUUCAAAAGUGUUGGUUAAAUUAUUUGUAUUUGUUGUAUUGUAUAUAGGAACGUAAGGGUUCAAAGUGUUAUAUACCAAAACCUUAAGUGCUUCUUUUUUCUAAUUUAUUACUAAACCUUCAUGCACGAUAGAUUUAACAAAAGAGAUCUUUGAUCUCCUUGGUAUCUUCAAAGAGCUAAGGAUCUAUUGGCAAAUAAUUGUGCGGAAUAACUGCGGUGCAUAUACAGCUGCAACCUUUGCACAGACAUCAAAACGACAUAAAUAUCAAGUCGUUUUAGGUUUAUUUAUUGCAUAAUGUUAUCAGCAAAUUUUUAAUGAGCUUUCUUCGCUGUAGGAAUUUAGCUGGCAUGAUGAGUGAAAACCAGGUUCUCAAAUAAAAAAGAUCUUUCAGUAUAUAUAUAAAAGCACUCUCUGUUUUAAAAUGUAGUUUAUUGUAAGUUUAAAAAUUGACCAAAGUCAGAAAGGAUUUCAUUCAAAUGACUCCUCAAGUCUCGAUCGACGUCUAUGUUUCGAGGCCGCAAAUAAACGACAAAUAACGUCAAAAAUGCAAUUCCUUUAUUAUUCAAGCAAAUAAAGUUAACAACCCCAAAGUCAACAAUGAUUUUUGGAGGAUUUUAAAAUACGAAUAGAAGGUGAAGGGCCUGAAGGUGCUGUCAUUGUAGAGGAAGGCUGAUUUCUUUUCUUGAAUAUUCUACAUUACUCCUUCAAUCAGAGGGUGGAUUAAAGUCUUGCUAAAAUUGAGCCUACUUCGGAUACUUUGUUGUCUUUGCCUCUGCUGCGAAAAAAAAGGAAAAAAAGCUCCAAACUUUUGCACAUUUAGCGAGUGAGCUAGUGAAUUUUAAUGAGCUAGCUACUUGUCAGAUCUUAUUCUUAGUUGAAACAAUGAAUUUCGUUCUAUAAAAAUUUGUAUUCUGGAACUCUAAGUGCAUAAGCUUUCUGAUCUUUCCAGAUGUUACUAAACAAUUCCUGACGGCUAUGGCUAAAAUCAUAAUUUUCAGCGCUGGGUGCACUGUUGAAGGAGUGUGCAAUGCAUUCCUUGCAUUGUUUGAAUAAUCAAUUAAUAUAGCAGAAUGUGCGACCUCGCUUCGCCGCCGCCAUAUUUUCAUUCUGUCUGACCUCUAGAUGGAUUAAUUUGCUCUCGGUGGUCCCGAGUUCAUAUCCUCAACCAUGCUUUUAAAUAGCCCGCUGGUUUGCCUCCGGCCAGUUGGGAUUCUUAACUCUGUCAAGUUUGAUUUAGAGAAUUAGUUUCAGGAAUUUGCUCGGCCCCACUAGCAUUUAAUAGAGCUAUAAAUACUGCCGAGUGCAAAUAACGGAAUUAAUUAUUUAUUUAUUUAUUCUGCCAUUCUACCCUCGUACGCUAUGUUACGCUGCGAUCAUCUCUCUUAUUAUAGUUACAAUUCCGUUCCAACAAAGCCAAACCAUUUGUUAUGAUUUGACAGAAUGUACAGUUCCAGUCCGAGGAAACAAUUGAAAACCUCGCACAAAUGAGCCAAGUCUUUCUUGACAAAGGAAAAUUUGUGCGUAGGAAAACUUGAGAACUUUAUCCUUCUCAAGGAACUUGUGGAUGUAGUUUUGCAACGAGAAAGUUUGAUUCCCUCCUCGCAAAUAAAAAAAGAAAACGAAAAAAAAAAACACUAGCUCUUGCAGAUGGGGCUUAUAAUAGAAUUUCGAUAUGGUCCAUAAAUUAGUAACCUCUAGUAGUUUUCACAUUCAAAUAUCCAUUUUUGAUGUUGAUAAUAAACUCCAAUAAUUCAUUUAUUUGACAGCUGUUGUUGGCAUGUUUGUUAACCUCAGAGUCGGCUCACAUUCCUUAUAAGGGCUUCAUGAAAGACCUUGAUGAAUUGGUAGAAAGCAAGUACUUCUUUAGACCUCAAGAACAACGUAAGUGUCGUAUUAAGAGUAGCAGUAACUGUUGGUUAGGAAGGGUGGGCGAGCAUGUGGAUUUACCCUAGAGAUGGUCGAGAUGUGAUUGAUGAAUUGAUGAAAACCGUCUUCAUUAUGAACUAGACUCGCGUGUGGGCGACGUCACUGGGCUGCCCGACAUAAAACCUGUGUUGAAAACGAGAAGUUUUCUAAAACAGACAGCCAACAGCUUCUGGCGGAGCUCGCUCGCGCGCAACAGAGCACCAUGGGUAAGAAAAUUUGGAAAAUUGUCCAUCUGAGAAAAUUUGGUAUCACAUUAGAUCUUUUACCUGUCUUCCUAUUAAAACAUACUGUUAAGUUCCCAUGGUAGCGACCCUAGUUACUUUCGGAAUUAGCAGUCUUCGGGGUUCGUUACUCUCGGGGGGUCGUUAUUUUCGGGGACCAAAAACCGACGUCAACAUCGAUAGGCUACCGGACUACCGAACGGGUGAAUCAGCCGUUGUAGAGGAAAUCGAAUUCUUCUCUGACUCAGGAGCGAGGAAAGCUAAAGUUCGUGCGUUUAGUCCACGACAAAAAAAAUGCGUUUUAUAGUCAGGAGCUCUCCGGGUGAUGGGCUCGUCUUAUUGUGCAGUAUGCAGAACUUUCAGUUUUACCUUGAAGAAACGUUCAUGUUCUUUAUAUGAACUUUAUAUCAGUAUCGUUUUUACAUUGUGCAAUCUGUGAACUGAUGUUAACGACGAAUGAUAGUUCCAGGCAUGCCGUUUUUUCCUUGUUGUCAAGUGCCUUUUCGUGAUAAAUUUUUAAAUGCACGAAGAUAUUAAUAUUGUUCAUUAAAAGUUUGACUACGGAUUCCAAUUAGAAAACAUUAAAGGCAUAAGAUUCGGUAUGUUUAUAAUUGAAAAAACGUAGUCUUGAUACUUUUUGGGGACUCACUACUUUCGGGGGGGUCAAAACUUUCGGGGACUCUCUAUUUUCGGGAUUUAUUAGAAGUCCGAAACUUUUGAAGUUACUUUCGGGGGGUCGCUACUAUGGGAACUUUACGGGAGCAUGCAGGAGUACUCAAAAUGCCGCGCACUACCCUGCUCCGCAUCAGAUUUUUUCCACGAAUUUGUAACGAGAUAUUGAAUAUGCAGUUCAUUCGUUCAUGCCCGGAAUCUCAGCCCACGUUGCUUGGAUUUUAAAUUCAAUAAAUAUCAAAAAUUUGCAACGCUUCUCAACACAAACAGUUUCAAAGUAAGGAUUACACAACUCUCUGACAGCUCUGAGCAAAGCGAGUUGGCGCCUAGUUUGUUCCAUAAUCACUCGCCAGACUGUCAACGUCCGAGCACACGAACUUAAGUCUUGGGCACUGGACAGCAAUUUCGACAAACCAGAAGCAAAUUUAUUCUAGCUUUUGAAAAUAAUUUUUGUAUGAACCAAAAAAAAUGCUGCAUACCUGAAAACGUUAACUUAAGAGAUGCACUCCUUUAUCGCGCCCUUGCAGAAAGCCCCUUUGGUCGACUUUUCCACAGAAUUUCUCUCUGCAGUCACUCUGUAACAUUGUGUAAAUCCUCACAGGAAUGGAGCGGAUGAUCCUAAUCCGCAGCUGUAUGUUAUUGCAGCUGGGUAAGCAGCAUCCAACAUUUGGUAGAUAUAGAAUGAGGGACACAAUAAUAGAUUGCCAUAGACAUACGUACACAUUGACCAGGGAGAUUUAUGACGGUUUGGUAAUUCAUUUGAAGAAUGGUUUUCAAUAGUCAAGGCUUUCUUCUGUAGAUAGUUUUGUCAUGGAAAUCACGUCUUUUUGUCCUCUUUCAGCACCCAUGGGGGUUCUUAACUGUUCCACAUGUGCAGCACAAACUGAAGCAGCGUGUACCGCGCUUCAGACGACAAGAGGAUGUCUCAUGGACCAAUUGUGUCUUACACUGGAAACAGAAACCAGUUACACCAGAGAUUGUUUUCCGUCUAUGGCUUGUUCUUUUCCUUCCGUAAUUUGUGAUAUCAUAAACCAAACUUCCAACGGAACAACUCUGUCCUGUAAUGCACAGUGUUGUAACACCAGUUUGUGCAAUGCUGGAGUCUCACCAGUGAUUCCAACCACUGGAGCCCCCUCAACCGCCGCUCCUUCAACUGCUGCCAUGACAACAGCCGCCCCCACAACAACCGCUCCCGCCCCAACGACUGCCGCCCCAACUACUGCUGUUGGUAAGCCGGUUAAGUAUUCUUAUUUUCAGUUCAGAUGUGGGAGAUAUCUAAUUCUAAAAACUCGGCCCUUUCCUGGGCUGACAGCGAGUACGACGCAGGCAUAUUUAACAAUUGUUGAAUGAGGUCGAAUAUAAUGUGAAGAAUUAUGCAGAUCGAGGAAGAUGUUCUGGAUAAACCCCUCUAAGAUCUGCAUAAUUCUUCACAUAAUACGACAGCCGAAUUCAAUAAUUAGUUUAUAAUUCCUUCAAAAUUUUUCUAAGUUCUUAACAAACUUACCUUCUACUACUACUAUUACUACUACUACUACUACUACUACUACUACUACGUCAAGGCUGUAUUUUAAGUAUUCUUUUAUUUAACCUCUAUAUAAACAAUCUACCAUAUUUAUUCGCAAACACACUAUCUGAUCCAUUUGUUUUUCCUAAUGGAACAAAAAUAAAUUCGCUACAGAGGUAUUGACGCGUGGCGGGUAUAACAACCUUCGGUCACCGUAAUGAACGCUUCCGUAGUCGUUGCUUAAAGUCCGUAGGUUCGAUAAACCGACGGGCGGAAGGACGGCAAAACCGAGAGGACCCUGGAAACCAAGUUGAGCGCGGUACCUCACCUGUUUAGGAUGGUGCAAAAUUUUGUGCUUUUUGCCAAGGACAUAUACCUUACUAUACAUGUAGGGAUAUAUGAACUAACUCUCUUAAAUUUAAGACAGACCAUAAAAGCUUAUUCAGAGCUACCAAACAACCCCCUUGCUAAUAAACAGGAGUUUUCGUUUCCUAAUUAUCGGGACAAAUUAAAACUAGCCAAAGACAUCUGCGGUUUUUUUGUUUGAAAGAUAGAUAGAAUUCGUUUUGAUAUUGAUGCCGUAGACAUCGAUCCAAGCACCCGCAAUGCGCUACCUCUUGAUCAGGAAUUAGAUGCUGCAAAUGCUUUUCAUUACUUCCAACCUCUCUUGGAAAGCGACGUUUCUGCGCUCAUCCGCAUCAUCAGCAUUGACUUUGCUCCUGUCACUGCGGCAACAAAUUUGGGGAAAUGGCUCAAUUCUAACUUGAAUAUCUAGGAACAGAUCCACAACACUUGCAAAUCUGGGUUUUCCAUUUAUACAAUAUUGGGUGUAUCCGAAAGUAUCUGUUCCAGGAAUCUGCCCGCACUUGAGUCCAUGCUUUUAUCAUUGGUCGUAUAGAUUACUGCGACAGCCUUCUAUCUGGUUUAUUGUCUGUUCAUCUACUUAAUAAACUGCAACGCUUGCAGAAUACAGCUACUCAGCUUAUAUCCAAUGUUUCUGGCUACAGUCACAUAACACCGGUACUAUGUUCGUUACAUUGGCCUCCUGUCAAAUUUCGUAUUGAUUUUAAAAUAUUUCUUCUUACUUCUAAAGCUUUCUACGGUCAUGCGCCUGAUUACUUGACCGAUUUGAUUGCUAUUAAAGAACAGCCGCCCUAUUAUCUCCGUUCAGCUAGCGGUCUUAUCUUAAAGUAUCCUAGUUAAAAACUGAAAGAGACUUUGAGGGAUCGUGCUUUUUCAUCUGCUGCCCCUAAUUUAUAGAACAAUCUGCCCCUUCACAUCCGUCUUGAGGACAAUUUUGAAUGUUUUUAAUGUUUACUUAAGACGCAUCUUUUUAGAACAGCUUUUGAUAUGUAAUGUUUUUAACCUACUAUGCAAUAUAUUUAGUGUUUUUAUCUUUAUUUAAUUUUUGGCGUUGUUUACUUUUAGCCUUAAUUAUUAUGCUCAUUUUAGCUUUUAUUUUCUUUUAACAUUUACUUCAGUUGUUACACGCUUUCGAUCAUAUUUCAGAUGGAAAAGGCGCGUUAUAAUUUUUUAAUUAUUAUUAUUAUUAUUAUUAUUAUUAUUGUUGUUAUUCUCUGUUCUACAUUACGUCAUAAAAGUUGGCUUACACUACCAGUUAUGUUAUAUCGCUUCGAGAUUCAUUCUGCCUUGGAACUCUCGCGCACGGCUUUAUUAGGCUGGCCUGCCGCCUCGCAGCCUCUCGUCUUUGCGAGGUUGCUCGUUGGCAAUUAUUAUUAUAUUAUAAUUAUCAUUAUUAUUAUUAUAAUUGUUAUUGUUAUUAUCAUCACACUCAGACACAUACAAUAAUUGGUAAUUACAGGAUAUCUAAUACCAAUAAUCUAUUCUCGUCACUCUCAUUUUGUUAGUUUGUGGCGGUCCACUGAUGGGAGUUUCCGGGUCCUUCACAACUCCGUUUUUCCCUGCCAACUAUACUAAUAACUUAAACUGUGUCUGGACAAUCAACGUUCCACCAGGAAAUGUACUCGUCCUUUCGUUUCCGCCGGAUUUCGCUCUUGGUUCAGGGUGAGUCAUUGCCUCUUCCAAAACCCCUGGAACAGGCUACUUUAGUCAAAUGAAGACCUUGUUAGCAAAAUUCGAAGCGGCACCUUUCACUGGCCGACCCUGUCCUUUAAAUAACAAAAGCUUUUUCAAAAAAUAUAUUGCUAAGUUAGUUUGAGGAUAGUUCAACAAGCAAUACCUUUUUAUUUACAGUUCGGCGAGAUAGGAAUGAAAGCAAUUUUUAUUCAGUAAUACCAAAGGAAGAUUUUGCGCGGAUUUUUAUAAAUCGAAUAGAUUGAACUAAUACUUUUGGAGGCCUUUGGAACUCAAUACCAUGUUUUUCCCUUAUAUAUUGCACAAAGCUCGCUCGAAUAAAGCAUAGAACUUUGAUUCAUUUUAUGACACGUAUAUGGCAUUAUACUUGUAACCUUACUUCAAAUGUCAAUCAUCUACUUAUUUGUUUUUCUCAGAGACACUUUUACUUUUUCCGUUGGUGCCAGUACCUUUACUAUUACCGACGCCGGUUUCCCAAGUGGAGGAGACGACGAUGAACCGUCAUAUUAUGACGAGUUUGUUAACCAAGACAACGGCAAUUUUUAUGAUUAUUUAAAUAAACGCCUCUUUUAUUACUACUAUGACGGAAGACGUCGAAGAGAUGAUGAUGAUGAUGGUCCUAUUUCUGUCCGAUCGAGGAGCCGCCAGGUAGUGAUCCAAGGCUCAAACCAACCGAUAAUGAUCCAGUUCAUCAGCGACGCCAGUGGAACCGCACCAGGAAUUAGUGUUACCUUCACAGACGAAAGAUCUCCAGGUUAGCUUCUACUCUUAUACAGACUUCCUCUUUAUAAAUUUUACUGUUUUGCAUCGGGUUGCAUGGGUUCUUUUCUCGUGUAAUACAGCAGUGUCGCCCGGCAGUGCUAUUAGAGCUCUUACGUUAGGCAGAAAAUUGAACGUAAUUAUGUUCUCGGUUGUUUGCUUAGUUUAAACCUUGGCUAGAAAUUGGUUGCUGUAUUCUUAGUAAAAAUACAUCAACACACAGUAGGGCUUUGAGGAGGCACUUUUAAAACUGCUCUCGAGUUUCCAUUUAUAAAAUAGCCCACCAGGCCAGCCAUAGUGGGGGGUCCAGCAAGGGAAUCCAGUGAAAGGAACAUUGGGUACGCUGAUUCACACCCUGAUCCCAACAUUCAUAGCGGAGCUCUAGCACAUCGGAGCACCAUGGAUAAGAAAGUUUGGUUAUCCAUGCAUCCGAGAAAUUUUGUUAGUCACGUCCAAACCAUAGGACAACCAAUGCGACAUGACCUUUUUUACUUUGGGUGGAGCCUGCAAACUGUGUAUAACUUGGCAACUCGGACUUUUAAAGAGAAAAAAACAACAUCAAAGCCGAUUCUUUUUUUUUCAACUAAUUUUUAAUGUCUACGCCGACAUGGAUAACAGAGAAAGAGCUAGAGCGAGCGAUAAAAAACAAAGCAGACGAAUUUCGAGACCCAAUAUGAAAAUUUUAAAGCAGUCAGGGUGAGAAAAUGAGAAAAUGUUGGUAGCUAGUGAGGUGAAAAUGAGGGGCAGUGAAAAAGAAAGCGAACGAACAGCAACACAAGCAACAGAAUUUUUGGUGAGAACACACGACAUUUCCUCAGUAAAACAUGUAAAUAGAAAGUUUCAGCUUGUAGUUGUGCAAAACGACGACAGAGAAAUGUACAAAAAAGUGUGCUGCACGUGCAAAGUUGUUUCUUAUUGUUAAUAAGACCCAUUGUUUUUCUUUGUUUUGCCGUUCUCGUUGCUUUCUAGUUUUAGCAGCAAACGCUUUUAUUUUGGGCGAGUAAACUAUUAGAGCCUGUUUACAUGGAGGUGGGGGACCCUGGGUAGGUGAGGUAAAAUAUGGCGAGUCACCCCACCUAUCAUGUAAACGUGAUCAAAUUAAAAUGAGAGAUAACAUAGACAAACGGGUUACCCCACCUAAGCGGGUUACCUCACCUACCUGGGGUCCCCCACCACAUUUAAACAGGCCCUUAUUGUAGUAACGAGAGCUUCGCUUUUAGCCCUGGCUAAAUAGCAUAUGUUAGAUCGGAGGGUUAUUUAAAAAAGUACUUAGCGAAACACUUUGAAUUUGGAGUAACUGAGACCAAAGAAACUUAAAUCUUAUGUUACAAGUUGCCUGUUAAUUAACUAUUUGACUUGCUGAAAUAGACAAUUCUGAACAAAAUUAUUUUUAAUUUUGAAUACAAGACUUAAAAGGAUGGAAAGUACUGGCUGCAAUAACAAAAGUCCCUGCAUCUGCCCAUGUACCCUUAGUAAGUUCAUGAAUACAUCGUCACGCUGCUACUUACGGCUAAUUACCGACCCGCGUGACAGGAGGACAUGAUAGAAACAGUAAGGAUCGUCAAAUAGAGGGCGACCGGAUCCUGUAUAACCAACUUUCAACGUAGAAACAAUGCAUGAAGAAUGGGAAUGCUGUCUCCCGGAUAUGGAGAUCCUAUCUUUCCUACCUGUUAAAAAGGGAUAAAACUGGUUUUUGGUGCAAGCGCUAUAGCCAAGGUUGAGGGAGAGAGAAAGGGUUUUUUAAUCAUCUGCGACUAAUGUUAUUGCUUUCAUUAUUAAUAUCUCCUCAUUACUUUAUAAUGAGGAGAUACAGAUGAUACAGAUGACAAGAGAAAACCUUUGGAUGAGUCUUAGUGAAGUGUCCGCCUGUUAAGAGAUUAGGGAGCUUAAGCAACAACGGCAGCGACAGUUACGAAAACGUCACUUAAAAAAAGCAGUCCCGCUGCUUCAAAUUUCAUCACGCCUAUCGCUCAGUUCGGCAGAUGUUGGCAAUUUUUUCUGUAGUUGAAUUCUAAGAGACUGUAUCGAGGUUCAAGAAAAGAAAAAUAAAGUCGUUGUCCUGUGCUCACGUCCUCCACGAAAUUCGGCAUUUUCAUGUCGUAAUCAUGCAGGGACAGCAAAGAAAUGUACAAAAAUGCGUGAUCCACGUGCAAAGUUGUUGUUUUUGCCAAUCUAAGGGCCUGUUUACAUGGAGGUGGGGGACCCCAGGUAGGUGAGGUAGCCCGCUCAGGCGGGGUAUCCCACCUGUCCAUAUAAUCUCUCAUUUUAGUUUAAUCACGUUUACAUAAUAGGUGGGGUGACCAGCUACAUGUUACCACACCUAUCUGGGGUCCCCCACCUCAACCUGUUUUUUUUUUUGCAGUUCUCGUUGACGUCGCCGUCGUCAUUGCUUAAGGUCCCUGAUAAAUCGUGGAGCAAAUUGCGCAAUUAAGUUGUUGUAUUUUAAGUCUUUUGAAAGCUAAGAUGAUCAAGUUAGCCUGACCUUCAAUUGCAGUCUUCUAACAAGAUAAACCGACUUUUUUCCAGAAACAUGAAAAAACAUGAAAGGAAAUGAGGUGUCUGCUUUUGAUUGUAUUAAUUGCCGAGUGAAAAUAAUUUUCAAAACUCAUGGAAAAUGUUGUAUCUACUGCCGUGUAGCACGUCAAGCCUUGCCGUGUUCAAGUACACAGCAGUAGCUCGACUUAGUUUCAAACGUCGUGCUACCGCCGUGCCGAACUCAAUUUAUAAAUUAUAAAUACAUUACAAUAUAUUCAAAAGUUUGCUAAACCGUUUCCUUAUUUGUGUGUUUUGUUUUUGGCAACAGCCGUUCCAUUCGACUGUCAUUGUGUGAAUUAAAUUCGACGUCUGAAACCAAGUCGUGCUAGUGUCUUGCUUCAGUCGAGCUACAGUCGAGCCAGCUUAGCACGGCAGUAGCACGAAGUUUGAAUCAGGCCUUAAAAUUGCAUAAACUGCUCUUACAUCAAAAUAUCAUCACUCUAAAAAUUCAUACCAUACCUUAGUUUGCAAACGCGAGACGGUUGUGAUCCGAGGGAGAAUAUAAUAACUUUAGCCCGUUGUUUUCACGGCGUGCCAGUAUUCAACAUUCGUUACUUUAAAUGAGGCUAUCAUCAGUUAGAAAAUCAAAUGAAAAAUGAAAUUCAUUCCUAAAUAAUGAGUAGAACGCGCGAACACAUUUAAAUAUAUAGAGAGGAUAUUACACGGUGGCGCGAAGAUAUGAAUUUUAUUUUCGAGUGGCAAAACAAAAUUUUACGAACGAGCGCAGCGAGUGAGUAAAAUAUUGUUUUUGCCACGAGAAAAUAAAAUUCAUAUAUAUAUAUAUAUAUAUAUAUAUAUAUAUAUAUAUAUAUAUAAUAAAAUACAUGUCAACAUCUUAGGGCCUGUUUACAUUGAGGUGGCGGACCCUAGGUAGGUGAGGUGACCCGCCUGUCCAUAUAGUCUUUCGUUUUAAAUUGAUUACGUUUACAUUAUAAGUGGGGUCGCCCGCCAAGGCGGGUAGCCCGGUCUGCCAGACGGGGUAACCCUCUCAGCCAGGGUCAAAUUUUUCCAUGUAAACGUUUCAAGGUGGAGUAACCCGCCUAGCUAGUGGCUUUGCAUCAUUGAAGGUAGCUAUAGAAAGCCACAGCACUGAAGGUUGUAGCAGGAGCAGCAAGUGAGUGUAGAAGAGUAUUAAUCCCCUAAACCCCUGACUUUCCAGCAUUUUUCUUGUUUACGUGCUUAGCGAACAUUUAAUAAUCUUGAGAAAGUGCACCUCGGAUAGUUAAUGGUUAGCAUUAAAUUUGGAUACACAUAUCCUUGAUCAUCCCAUUUUAAUUGCAUUUUUUUCUUAAUUUGCAGAUACAGAUACAUCUGGUGAGAGUGGUGGAGAGAGCUCGGAUGAGGAGGAGUUGUAAAAUACGGCGGCUCUAGGAGAUACAAUUGGGGGAGUGCGUCUCCUCAUGAUCAGAACGAGGAUAAAAUUUUUUAAUGAGUCUUGACUUUUAAGCUUUGAUCAAUGUUUGUAAAAAUCGCCUAAACUGAUAUAAUCUGAGUAGUCUAAGGGCCUGUUUACAUGGAGGUGGGGGACCCUAGGUAGGUGAGGUAACAUGUGGCGGGUCACGCCACCUAUCGUGUAAACGUGAUCAAAUCAAAAUGAGCGUUUAUAUGGACAAACGGGUUACCUCACCUACCAGGGGUCCUCCACCUCCAUGUAAACAGGCCCUAAUUACCCUAUUUCUAUAGAGCCCGUGAAAUAGGUAGUAGAAUACUGCGCACCAUUAUGCACUAAUUCCACUGUCAUCCUUUGUUUACUUGUGGCUAUUUUGCACUUGUUGAUAGUAUCUGUUUUACGGCUGAAGUAAUAUCAUUCUAUGUUUUCCCUUCGAAUUAACGAGUAGGUGUAGGGUGUUUUCCAGACGCCAUUCUUUUGUCACAGUGUUGUAUACUACUUUAUUAAAAAGCCUUUACAGUGAAACUACGCUCUGCAGGCUGAAAUUUUGUAAUUCGUGUGGGAAUUGUUAAUACGAGAGAACAUUAAAAUUUAAAGCUCUAUCCAAAGGCCUUAAUGCUUCAGGAAGAGUGAUUG